AUGUCGAUCGAACAUGAAGGAGGGUGUUUUAGCACCAACCAUCUCAUGUUCAUAGACGACAUUAAACUGUUCGCUCGGUCUUCAGAGAUCCUCCACUCGAUGGGCAAAGUCUUGGAAGGUUUCAUGAAGGCCGUGGGUCUGGAGCUCAACUACAAAAAGUCGGCGACUAACACCCCGGUGUGCGGUGACCUAGUCAAAGUCUUGGAGGAGCACCAAGGGUAUAAGUAUCUUGGUGUGGUUGAGAGCCCAGCCUCAUUAAUCACACCCGAAACGAAAAAGUGUGUAGUGGAGGGUGUGCGUAGUAAGGCGGCAAUGUUAUGUAAGACUUGGCUCAAUGCACGGAACUUAUUUCAUGCCUUGAACGAGUACGCCAUCUCAUUGCUAAACUAUUACGUUGGCCUGAUCGAAUUCGAGCCGAGUGAGUACGAUGAAAUGGACCUUAUUGUCCUAAGAGUAGUCCGAGAGAAUCACGUCCACGUGUUGGCAAGCAAUAAGGAGAGAUUAUACUUGUCUCGCGGGCAGCUAGGACCACAAGCGGUACUUAAGACAGUUGGGUGUAAAUAA